AAAACAACUCAUUCCAAUUCUCACAAAAAGCCAGGUCCAAAAGUUCCCAAAUUAAGUCCAAACCAAGUUACUUUUGGACGAGUUUACAUCCACUACUGAAUCUUAUUCCAAAUUGUCUAUUGGCUAGCCCCAUGACAGGAUAAUGAUAAUUGAAAGGAAUGAGAAAAAUAUAACCACACAACACAUUAUCUUCGUCACCAUAUUUCAUUCUACCAAGAAGAGAGAUGGGAACCACCUCCCUCUCUUCAAACUCACCUUCUCUCAUCAACUUCAUUCUCACUAGACGUUCAACUUCACUACCAUCAACCAGACACAACAAUUUCCUCACACUUCAACCUCACACUUCUCUCCCUUUUCAUUCCAUCACAUGCAGCAGCAGCAGCGGCAACAGCAACGCUGCCGAAACAGACCAGGAUGAAACAAACUCAAUUCAAGCACCAACUACAACACCGGCUAAACUGGUUGAGCUAAGGCUCAGGAGAAGAACAAGGAGACAAGCGAAACGGCAGAGGGAGAAAGGAACUGUUACAAAUAGCAUAGAGCAACCCAGUAAGGCAGAUGCUCCUCCUAAGAAAUGGGAGGAAAUGAGUUUUCAAGAGAAGGCAAUGGAGCUUUAUGUGGGAGAGAAAGGUGCUCUGUUUUGGCUUAAUAAAUUUGCAUAUGCUUCGAUCUAUAUCAUGAUUGGAGCUUGGAUAGUGUUUAGGUUUGUGGGUCCUGCACUUAAUAUUUAUCAGUUGGAUGCACCUGUACUGACACCUAGUGAUGUAUUGAAGGGAUAACAAGUUUGUAUUGUAAUUUUAACAUAUGUAUUAAACUUUUUUAAGAUCACAAAAAUCUAUCAUUUUUUUUAAAUGAGUUGUAAUGAUAAAGUCUUAUAUGUUUCUUUGUUCAA